UAGAGUCAUUAUCAGCUCCUGUCUGCCUCUGAGCCAGACAGACAAAGCCUCUAGCACAUCCACUUAUCCAAAGAAACUGUUUGUGCCUGUUUGAACCUUGUUUCCCUGGGAACCUUGGGUUCUCAGAGCCCAUUGGACAGAAGUCAGAUGCCUUUCAUUAAGAUGGCAGGACGAACCUGACGCUCAGCCAGGACAGAAAGAGAAAAACCAUCAAGGGGUGAGCUGUAUGAGACAGACUCAAGGGACCAACCUCAGACCGUGUCUCCGUCUCCCAGAAUGGGCUGCCUGAAGAAGACCCUGUCUUUCCUCCUUAUUUUUGUGUCCAUAUAUGCACGUGGAACUCCGUUGCAGGAAACUGACCCAGUUAGGCAAAGAAAACCAUUUUUUGAGAGGCUCCGUCGACUAGAAGAGCAGUUUCAGAGACUCCAACAGGUGACCUUAACACACCUGCAGGACAUUGCUAACAACUAUAACGUGUACUACAAUGUGGAUGCCCGCUUCCAGAGCCUGGUGGAAGAGAGCCAAGCCAUAGCCCUAGCGGUGAACCAGUCUCAAGCCGCCAUACAAGAGGAUGUGGCUCACCUAAAAACUUGGUUUAGGAAGAACCAGCGCAGGAGCAAGAAGGUGGAUGCCCAGCUUCAAGCCUUGAACCUCUCCCUGAGCACAAACAGCAGGCAGUGGGUGGAGGAGGAAAGGGAGCAGAAGGCACAGAGAGAGGCUACAGCAAACCUGACCCUGGGCCUUAGGGCCCUACAGGAUGCGCUGGCCAGCCUGUCACAGCAAGUCCACAGCCAGGAGGCCAGGCUUGCUGCUCUUGAGGGGCAGAUGCAAAAGGCCUCCCCUGGUGCUGUGGCUCCGGGGCUGACUACAGUCCCAACCCCCACUCAGCUUGCUCAGCGAGGCCCAGGUUCCUUGCAACUGCGGAGAAGCAGCCAGACAUCCAGGGCUUCACUCCACCGCGGGAGUCCCCCCCAAGACUUCACUGUCCGUGUCCAGAAGACACAGAAGUUCCGAGCCCCAAGCAGCCAUCAAGCAGCUCCACCAAGGACCCAGCAAGGACCAGGAAACAUUUGCAGCAUGGGCCCAGUGCUAAUUUUUCCCAAUGCCUCCACUGAAAAUGUGAUCUUUCUUAGCCCGGGCUUCCUCGUGCCGUUACGAGCUCUGUCCUUCUGCAGUUGGGUUCGCAUGGCCUCUGGCCACCUGGGUACCCUCCUUUCCUAUGCCACCAAAGACAAUGACAACAAGCUAGUACUGCAUGGCCGAGACUCCCUGGUCCCUGGCACUAUCCACUUUGUGAUUGGCGACCCGAUCUUCAGGGAGCUGUCCCUGCGUCCGCUCCUGGAUGGUCAGUGGCACCACAUUUGUAUCAUCUGGACAUCCAUGGAGGGCAAGUACUGGCUCCACAUAGACCGAAGGAUAGUAGCUACUGGCUCCCGCUUCAGAGAGGGCUACGAGAUCCCUCCUGGAGGGUCCCUUGUGCUGGGUCAGGAACAAGACACUAUGGGGGGUCAGUUUGACAGCUCUGAGGCCUUUGUGGGGAGCAUAUCUGGCUUGGCCAUCUGGGAUCGGGCACUGAUCCCUAGAGAAGUGGCAAACCUUGCCACUGGGAAAGAGCUCCCGACAGGUGCCAUUCUGACUCUGACCAAUGCCACAUCCGUGGGUGGAUUCGUGCAGAGGGCCAACUGCACCUGUCUGGAGCAGUGUCCAUAAGGCUGCCACACACGGGCUGCACCACAGUGAAGACCAGCAGGAAGGGCAAGCCUCCGCAUCAACACAUUCCAAAGCAUUCCCCUGCCGCCAGUGCGGGUCUGUGCGCUUGGGCUCUGCCGUAGACUCCUGCACGGAGGUUGGGAGGAGAUGGAAAGUGGACACUGCAUGUUUCUGUUGCUAUGGAACCCUUCUUUCGUUUGGUUGGGUUUUUGUGGUCUUGUUUGUUUAUUGAUUUCUGAGACAGGGUCUCACUCUGUGGGUCUUAUUGGUCCAGAACUUGCUCUGCAUCCCAGGCUGUCCUCAGUCUCACAGCAGUCUGCCUCUAGAGUGCCCAGGUUCCAGAUGUGAGUCACCAAUUCCUCUUCCACCCUCCCUCCCUCCCUUCCUUCUCUUUUGACAGUUUCUCACUGUCUGUCGUCUAGAUUGUUUGAAUUCAUGAUCCUCCGGCCCCUUGAGUGCUGAGACCCCCUGACUUUCACAGUGACAUUGAAAGGUCGUUUUCACAUCAUUGUAACAUGCUGUUCUGUCACCCGGCUGAGCUGGUGGACAGGAACACUGGGCUUGAGGAGCCUUUCUUCUAACUCACCUCUGCAUCCACGAAAAGCUGUCAGACAGAUGAGAGGCCAGUUCCUGGGGACCCUCUAGAAACUAUGUAGGAAGUAGUUGUACCAUAUUUGUCUCCUCCCUAAAGACUCACGGAAGCUUACCUGUGGAUGUGGAUGUUCCAACAUUACUCUCCUGAAAAAGGCUUAACAUUUGCUGGGCAGGAGUGGUGCACACCUUUAAUCUCAGCACGUGGGAGGCAGAGGCAGGCAGAUCUCUGUGAGUUCAAGGCCAGCCUGGUCUACAGAGCUAGUUCCAGAACAAGCUCCAAAAAGGCUUAACAUUCUCUCCCCGUCUCCUUAAGGCUUGACAGUCUGUUCUCUCUCCCCCUUUCCCAGGAGCCCUGGGCAUUACCUGCAGGUCAGCUGAUCAUUUUUUUUUUCCUAUUUUCCUGUGGUAGCUGUUGAAGCUUCCAGAACUACCAUUAAACAUCCACUAGCAAUGCUUUAAAAUGUAAUUUAUGAGGCAUAAUUUUCAUAUUAUAAUAUGUGCCUUUUUGCUGUUGCUGUUGUUGUUUGUUUUUUGAGAUAGCAUUUCUCCUGGUAACAGCCCUGACUGUCCUGGAACACCACCCGGAAUACCAUCAACUUCCGGCUAAGAUAUACCCUUUUAAAAUUUUUGAAAGGUUUUAAUAAAAGUGCUGAGUUGUGCAACCAUCACAA